AUAAGUAAACGGUAGAUGAACUUAGAAACUGAUCCAUUUUCUGUAUCAAUAAGCAAACAAAUUCUCAUUUGUGCCAGUUUUUACAGUUUUAAUGAAAGUUUGACGUCUUUGACAGGUACGCUGUUGCCACGGUUACCCUCAGAGCCAGGAAUGACUUUGCUCUCGUUGACGAUAGAGAAGAUCGGUCUGAAAGACGCAGGACAGUGCAUCGACCCGUACAUUACAGUCAGUGUUAAAGAUCUGAACGGUAUAGACUUGAACCCGGUUCAGGACACGCCAGUGGCCGCGCGGAAGGAGGACACGUAUAUUCAUUUCAGCGUGGAUGUAGAAAUCCAGAAACAUCUAGAAAAACUACCAAAAGGUGCAGCUAUUUUCUUCGAAUUCAAACACUAUAAACCCAAGAAAAGAUUCACAAGCACUAAGUGUUUUGCUUUCAUGGAAAUGGAUGAGAUCAAACCAGGUCCCAUUGUUAUAGAACUGUACAAGAAACCGACCGACUUCAAGAGGAAAAAACUCAACCUCCUGACAAAGAAACCACUUUACCUGCACCUCAACCAGACUUUGCACAAAGACUAAACAAAGAUCCGACAGCCGAACACUUGAUGGACAGUAGAGUUAUGUUUCUCAGAUACGUUUGGUGCAUCGCCUCUCACAUUCCUUGCAAUAUCGGACACUUUUCUUCAUAUCUCCAGUCUGAAGUUUGGGACACAGCCUGAUUUCCCACGGUGCUUCAUCCGAUAGAGAGAGAGACCUGAACAAUUUCAAAAACUGAAUUAUGUACAAAUGCUCCGUAUGAUGAGUUCUGAUGGAAACCGAUGGAUAUGACUUGGAUAUAACACAACUCCCCAUUGGUUUUUAAAAUAUUUUUAUCGCAUUAAAGAAACCGCUCGCCCUCAUCUUCCAAACCUGUAUGCUGUUUAUGUAUUAUUUGAAAGUUAUGAAAUUUAAUUUGAUAGUCUUUUAAGACAAAGCACCAUUAUUAAACAUCAUAAAAACGAUGCAUUUUAUGUUCUACGUUUUCUUAAGCCAUACAAAAGCUUUGCAGACUUAAAGCAGCACUAUGUAACUUUUUCCUGUGUUCAAAAUUUGCAAAAUGUAUGAGCGAGUAC